CUACUACAGGAUAAAAUGGAGCGCAAAGGAAAGGCCAGACUCUAUCGUUGUUCACGUGUGUGCAUUUUUUCUUCCGGUCUCUCCUGGCAGCGGCACGGACACUGCGCAUGCGCAGAAGGCACUUCCUUCUUUCUCUCCGCGGCCUGUUGGAGGAGCAAGAUGGCCAAGCGUACUAAGAAGGUUGGGAUUGUAGGUAAAUAUGGUACCCGAUAUGGAGCUUCCCUCAGGAAGAUGGUGAAGAAAAUUGAAAUUAGCCAACAUGCUAAGUAUACAUGCUCCUUCUGUGGAAAGACCAAAAUGAAAAGGAAAGCAGUGGGUAUUUGGCAUUGUGGCUCAUGUAUGAAAACAGUGGCUGGUGGAGCUUGGACCUACAACACCACGUCAGCAGUGACAGUGAAAUCUGCCAUUAGAAGACUGAAGGAGCUAAAAGACCAAUAGAAAUAUAUUCUUAUUUGAAUGCUAUCUUUUAUCUCACUAUCUGCCAAUUAAACAUGGCUAUGAAAAUGUAUCCGUAUGCAGUUGUGUCAGUACUGGCUUUCUGCAAGCCUAGAGUAAAACAUGUUUCUUCUCGUCAUUCCAGAUCCAUUUAUACCAAAAUAGGAAGUCAGCACAUAAAUGAUGCCGUAGUAAUAAAAAUGCAGAAUUAAAACUUUAAGGACUCUCACAUCAUACUGAAUUAAACUAUUAUGUUGAUAUCAAUGUUUAA